GUAAGAGUCACGACCUUUCUUCCCAGUUUGUUAAAGAUAAAAGUAAAAAGAGUUUUAAAGGGAAAAGAAAUACCAGCUCCUACAUUCAAUCUAAGCCCCAGAGUAAAGACGUUAGAAGUAAUUUUACUGAUUAUAUUGGGGAUAAAUUUUUGAAUCACAAGCAUGCCGAAGAUUUACUUUGUAAUGUUAAGUACACAACCUCCUUGCCAAAAAUUCCAGUGGAUUCAAAAUUUAUAAAGUUUGAAAAGAAUUUACCUCAGUUCUACCAGUAUAAGCCCUCUCUUUUACAUAAUAAUCAGUCUUGUUUACUUUCUCAUUCAAAUUUAAACAUCCCAAUUAACUUACUUGAACACUGGGUAUAUAAGAACAGUCCAGAAAUUUCAAUUCCUUCCGACGACGAAGUCUUGUUGCACGAUGAAUAUUAUCAAGACAAGGAGGCAGAUUCAGCUAAAAAGAAGGAAAUGCCUACUUGGCUGCGAGCCCCCAUCUAUAUGUCUUAUGAUAAUCAAAAAUACGGUAACGCACUUCUAAACGAAAGAGAUUUUAUGUCGUCUAAAGAAUCUUCUAGGGAAGACGGUUCUUUAUCUUUCGAUAGAACAUUCCAACUCAAACAAAUACAAGAGUCUUUCCAAGUUCUUUACAAUCGUCCUUUAUCGGAGUAUACACAUCCCAAUAAUCCUAUGUUAAAGGCCAUAGAAUCCUAUCCGUUCUUUCCUGAUUUUGAGAAUUUUGUCAACAGUUUUGCAUAUAUUAUCUUCAAUUCUGAUCCCAAGCCUAAAAUUAACAACAGUUCUGAAGUUGAGGUCCUUCGUUUAAAGCUAAAACACGCCUUCUUGUAUUCUGAAAGAGAUCGCGGAUUAGAAACUGAGUCUUACUAUUCGUAUUACCUUCCCGACUUGGAGACACUGGAAGCACUCCAACUACUGAGCAACACCGACAAUAGUAAAGAGCGCUGCUAUAUUUUUCACCGCGAUUACUCGGUAGUUUCUAGCGAUCGAGACAAGUACGUUCUCUUGUGCAAAAGGAAAGAGGCCGCCUACUAUUCUGACGUGUCUCAAGUCAUGAAAAUAAGAAUAAGGCGCUCAAGGACAUCAGAAGAUGGUGAGGACUUUGUGAGGCCCACCACCGCAGUAGUCACCAAAAGGAAGUUCAGUCAGAAGGAAAGGAGAGAGCGCCGGAAGAGACAAAAAGUUAUUGGGGAAAAGGUAAGCGAUGACAGCAGCACGGAGGAGGAAACGGAAAAACACGCUGCGGAUAGUUAUAAUAUUGACAACGACUUUGAGGAUGAGUUGUGGAGCUCUGAUGACAGCCCUAAGUGCUUACCAGAGCUUGGCGGCUUGGAUAAAGGCGGAAACUUGCAAGGAACAGAGAAAUAA